GGCAAUAAUAGAGGGUAGACAUGUGCGAAUGCCAAUGGGGUGGGUGUGUCUCCAUGCAUUCUAGCAAGAUGUUGCAGAGGAUUGCUGUGAGGAUCUGGAAGGGAUAUGUGUCCAUCCUUGACUCAAGACCACUCUUAACACAAGCCAUCACCACUGGUGUUGUGUGUGGUCUGGGUGAUGUGAUAGCACAAUCGUGUGUGGAAGGAAGAAGAUGGAAACAGUAUAGCUUGCAGAGAACAGCCAAAAUGGCUGCAAUUGGACUCUGUUUCACGGGUCCAGUUUUGAGAACGUGGUUUCUGACUUUGGACAAGUAUCUUGGUCCAUCUACGACCUCGGCAGUAGUUCUGAAGAAAGUGUUUCUGGAUCAAGUGGCUUUUGCCCCUCUUCUUGUUGGUUCACUGUUAUCGUUGUUUGCACUCUCUCAGAGUUUGAGCAUUUCACACGUCAAGGAGAAACUCAGAGGGGAUUACUUCAAUUUGCUGUUUGCCUCCUACAAGCUGUGGCCAUUUGUUCAGGUCGUGAACUUUUAUUUCAUACCUCUCAAGUUCAGAGUGAACUUUUUAAACAUUAUCUCACUAUUUUGGAACACUUAUGUAGCUUGGCUAGCCAACCGCCCUCUUCCCAACCAACAAGAUGACAAGUUCAAUCAGACAAAAUAAUUAUUCAAUAUUUAAUAUACAAAUCUCUGUCUGUGUAUAAAUUAUCACGAGUUAUUUCUUCUUUUUGUUUCCCUUUCUCUUUGAAGGUGUAUUUUUUUCCUUG